UGCUGGGCGCUAUCAUGACCAAAAUAAAGGGGCUAUGUGCUAAAGACUCCUUGAGAACUCGUAUGCCAGAGCUAGGUUAGGGAUCUGAGAUAGGGUUCAUCUAGUGUAGUUGUCCAAGCAUCUCACCGAUGAUAUAGAGUAAUUCUAAAUCCAAGCAACUCAGCUGGGUUCUAGUUUGGUGAGGGGGAAGUACAUUUUAUGAGGGAACUUUUCUUAAGUCAUAGGAGAUACCAACAAACAAGUCACUUCUGACUUCUACCAUAUAGAGGGUUUAUCAACUUGGACACUUUAAAAUGACAAAUGUUGGGGUUGGAGGAUUGACUUCAGUUUCAGUAAGAUAUUACUAGUGGAGUUUCAUUUAAAGGGGAGGGCCUUUCAUAUAUGAAUGUAUCCAAACAACACAUUAUACACCUUAAACUUAGACAAAUGUUAUGUCAAUUAUAGCUUAAACAUUUACAAAAUAAAGGGGAGGGCAUUUAACAAAGGAGUCAAUCUUUGAACCACGUGGAUUCAAGGACUUUUAAGUGCUUAGUACUCCAGGAAGGGGGAGAAAUAAUGGCUAUCUCUUUUUAGAUGACAAAUUCAGUUUUUCAUACAUUCUAAAUAUUGUAACAUUAAUGCAAAAUCAAGAUGAAUUAUACUAGAUUCAGCUGGUGCCAUCCACCUAAUUUUUUCCCCCAUAGAUUUAUCUGAAAAAUCUAGAAGCUUUACUAGGACAACCAGCUUUACCAGAACAUAGGGAUACUUCCCUUUACCAGUGUGAAACAGCUUGCAUCCCUGGACUACAUAGUCCAGGAAAAGGCUUUCUACCUUUCAGAGUUGGAUAAUGGUGAUAUCAGGCUACUGAGGCUCAAAGAAUCUGGAAAACUCUCUUGGAGGAAAAUCAUAUCUGUGGAGGGAACAGUGAUCGACCUUGCUGUGGACUGGUUGAGUGGAAACAUAUAUUGGAUUGACAGUGAGAAUCCUCACAUCAGUGUAGCUUCCUCAAAAGGCCAGGAUCCCACUGUCCUGGUCAGUGAAAAUCUCUACCGCCCAACCUCUGUUGUGCUGCACCCACCCUCUGCAGUCAUGUGCUUUGUGGACCUGGGUGCCCAGGAUGAUGGUAGGCGUGGGUCCAGCAUUGAAUGUGCCUCCAUGGACGGCAGCAGGAGGAAGGUGCUGUGGCAGAAAUCCCAGGUCCCUGAGGGCCUGACCUUUUCGGAUUCGGGAACCCGAGUUUACUGGGCUGAUACUGGGAGAGGACUCAGAGAGAGUAGUCAACAAGAUGGCUCUAGAUACAGAGUGGACCGCAGAGGAAUCGAGGGCCUUACCCUCUUUACAUUUGGCCAAGGCAUGAUGUUCUGGAUGACAACUGGUGAUGCCCAAAUCACUAAAGUUUGGUACAGCAAGGCAGAACUUUCAGAAAACCAGUGGUUCCAAAUAGACCAGAAGAUUGUGGAUUUAAAAGUUUAUAGUAAACUUAGUCAACAGGGUAGUAACAGCUGCUCAAAAGACAAUGGAGGCUGCCGCCAUAUGUGUUUACCCAACCCUGAAGGAGUGACUUGUAAAUGUCCCAGUGGGCACUACUUGGCUAACAUAAGCAAAUGUGUUGAAGCUAUCCCGUGCUCUGAACCGUCCCAGUCCUGUAAGGAUGGUCAGAAGUGCAUUUCCAUGGAGCAAGUUUGUGAUGGUCAUGCUGACUGUCUGGAUGGAUCCGAUGAGCUGAGCUGUACCUAUCCAGAUAAAACCCAUUCAACACCAACAUCUAAAAAUGCAGAGGCUGGAAAAAGGUUGACUCCAAAAACUGCCCUACCUCUCCAAGCUACCAAGUCCACCAAGGCUAGAUAUCCAGGUCCAGAAGGGAUGAGUUAUCCUGUCAGAAAAACACUAAUCCCUCCAAUUCCUGCUAGAGAAAGCAAGACCCCAGAAACCAAGGAAAAAGGCGAGCUUGUGCAGCCCAAGGACUCACAGAGGGCAAAACAUCUGCCCUGUAGCACGGACUUCUGUAAUGGUAGGGGAAUCUGCACAAUGGUAGGUGAGCUGAGGAAGUGCCGCUGUCUGAUGGAAUAUGGCGGGGAGUUCUGUGAAGAGCCAGCGCAUGGACCUGCCCCUGGCUACGUCGCCCUCAGCUUAACCAUUGUCUUUCCAGUUGUGCUAGUCCCUCCGGGAGCAUUUGUCUGUUUCAGAAGGGAGCACAAAUUAAAAAGAAAUAGUGCAGCAGCGUCAAAAAAUUCGACCCGCCAUAAAGAAAACGGUCAAGAAGAGGAGAAUCUAAUGAAUAGUGAGACUUUUGUCAACGAAGCCUAUGAUGAGCAGGUAUGCCUGGGAAGUGUCUUUGAGGAAAACAGAUUGUGAGAUACAGCUAAAGAAUGCCCCUUCUGAAAAAUCUGAGCUGGGUGAAAGUAGGCAGUGUUAACUUAUAGAGCUUUUUGUAAUGGGUGGAUGAUGCUAUUAUGUGUAUCAAAUGAAUGUUCAGCAACUUGUUUAUCUUUAGACUCUGUUCAAUCUCUAGUUCAAACCAAAGUGAAAUGCACAUGAAAUAGUAAUCAAGACAUUCAGCUUUUGGUGAACUUCCACAAGGGGCUCAGUCCUAUGGUGGGGUGGGAUGUUAUUAGGGUUAGUUGGAGUUACCCCGAAAAUUAUGUCCGCCUGUGAUCUCUCCUAACCUCUCUGUCACUCGACCACCUCUGUGUUUUGCUUUGUUUUAAUGUAGUGUGUA